AUGUGCAAUGAUGUCACAUCCGAUGGCAACGGUUCGGAGGUGAAGGCCAUUCAUGAAUACCUAGAAGCCCGGAAGUUCUUGCUGGCGUCGCUGCGGGAGCUCUCUGAUAUGCCCGAAGGCGUACCCGAAAUAGAGGCAGCAUCCUCCAGACUUGAAACGACGCUCCUAGUCUCCUUAUGUUCAGCUGAUGUCGAAACCUGUCAGACCGUGACCUCGUGCAUAGGCCUCUUUUUCGAAGAGAAUAACCUUGUGGACAUCACCUCUGACACAGCCAAAGUAUUUGCCUCACUGCUACGCAAUGGCGAGGUGUACGGCGAGAUCGCCUCUCGAGCGUUCCGAUUCACAGGGCUCGUGGCUUUUCAAAAGAGGGUUCGCGGCUUACUCCGCCGGUUACAGUAUCCUACGAGCGGCAUCCUUUCGGCCUGGGAGUAUGGUUUCGAACGAUGGCUCCUUCUUUCGAGAGAGGUUUCAAUGGCACCUGUUGAUGCUGUCGAUGAAAGAACGCUGACUGAAUGGCGAAACUACUCGGGAUUCCUCGCAUCUCUCGGGGGAAUAUGCACGGCGAACCAGACCAUUAUCCUGGAGGAGCCAGCACUGAACGGCCUGAGGUGGAUUGAUAAGCUCUCCUCAGAGAACCAUGAAGAACCCUUAUUGAGCAGAUAUCUGAAGUUGAGCAUCCAGCUUCUUGGAUGUGCAAGCGUCAGGAUCAGAGAAGCAACCAGGGAGGUUUUAUCAAGUGAGGUAUCAUCCACACUUUACCAAGCUCUCUUCAAAUCUCUCGAAUCUGAGCUUGAGGUCUUGUUCACCGGUGCACUGGCGCCGAGUGACAAGGCACAGGAUGUCGAAAUUAUAUUUGCCGAGCAAGCCAUUUCUCUUCUGAAAGCGCUCGUGGAACGGCUCGAGAGCCCUUCGGACCUCGGUGCCGCUUCAGCCAUACAUCUUGGUGCUCUCGCACUCAAUUUCGCGAAGUUCCUCGACGGUAUCGCUGAUAGCACCAAUACCCUCCGAGUCAAGAUCAAGGUCUGCCAGCUGUGCGAGGCCGUGACGAAAAGGAAAGAACACUUGAACCUCAGAGAUGACGUGCGGAUCCGAAAUCAGCUCCUGGAGUACAUCUUUGGCUGGAUUGCUCGGCCGCGGUCUCCGCGUCUUGACCCAAGUACCAGCUCAAGUGGCCGUCUAGACGAAGUCGUGAGAGUGCAGAAGGACCUGGACAAGGCUUGCUUGAAGUCCCUGGCCGAACUCACUUUCCGCCUCCCCUUGCAACCUGGCGAGGGCCAGACCGACGCUGGUACGAGUGAGCUCAAGUCACAGAUGUUUCAUACCUAUUUCAACAGAUUCCUUUCGCUACUCAACCACGAAUCUCUUGAAGGCGGGAGGAACGAUUUGCUGGCAGGAAUUUCCAGUCGCGAUGAGGGUGGAUCUUCGUCAGAAUUUGCCAUCACCAUUCUCUCGAAUCUGUUGAGUGCUAAUAUCGACGUCGGCCUGAAGCACUCUCUUAAUAUUGGAUACCAUGACAAUGUCGAGAUCAGGACAGCCUUCGUCAAAGUCCUUUACAACAUCCUCAUUCAGGGGACAGAAUUCAGCAACCUGACAGACGCUGCCGUCAGCGAGAAGUAUGACGAAUUACUCGAGCUCCUCACCAAAGACAUGACGUUGGUAGCAGCGAUGAGCGCUGUGUGCCCAAGCAGCGAGGUUGACGAACUGACCGUCUCCCUGCUGACAAUCUUCGAACAUCGUGGUCUCAGCUUUGAACUGCUAGAAGUUCUCAUCAAGCAAGAGAUCGAAGAAACAGACAACGAAUCAGAGAUAUUACGGCGGACGUGCGUCGCAACCAAAAUGCUUUCCGUCUACGCUAAGUGGAAGGGACAACCGUACCUCAAGGCGACACUGCAAAAGGUCGUCGAGAGGUUGAUGUUGACUUCAAAGGACCUAGAUCUUGAGUUAGACCCGGCUCGCGUGAGUUCUACAGAUGAACUCCAGAAGAACGCCCUCCAGCUGCGUAUUGUAGCGAAGGUAUUCAUCGACGACAUUUGUGCAUCAUCCUCGACCAUGCCAGCCUCAUUCCGCAGAAUAUGCAAUAUUGUGCGUCUACCGAUUGUCAAAUCCCUUGUACUGCGUACUAACAAGAGUCAGAUCUCUGCUGCCGUACUUCCACGAUUUCAGGAGGCUAAGUACACCGCUGUUGGAGCAUUCGUUUUCCUUCGAUUCUUCUGCCCAGCCAUUGUUGCGCCUGAAGUCGAAGGCUUAGUUACCAAGACACCGUCAAAGGAGAUGCGACGAGGGCUCCUUCUCAUCGCGAAGGUCAUUCAGAACUUGGCAAACAAUGUUCUGUUUGGAGCCAAGGAGCCCUACAUGUUCCCCUUGAAUGACUUCCUUACUCAGAACAUCUACAAGGUCACAACUUUCUUGCGCGAGAUUUCUCUUAAAAACUGA